GUACCACGUGACAAAACACGGAAGUUGUGUCACAGACAUUCAGUUAAACUCGGUAGGGUUUUGGGUUGUUUUUUUACGGCUUCCUGAAGCAAUUCACAAGCUUUUAACAGUUUUUUGGGCCAAUUUAUUCGAAGAAGUCAAACUGCCGCGAUGACUCAAGCCGAGAAAGAGCAAGAAAACGGGAAGGAGAAAGAGAAAGAGCGAGAGAAGGAGAAAGACAAGGAGCAGCAGCGUGGAGUCAAAAGACCCAUCGCUCCUCCGGCCAUCCCGGAGCCCCUGCAGGACGCACAGCCGAUACAGAGCAACUUUGUGGUUGUUAUCCAUCCUGGUUCGAGGAUGCUCCGAAUCGGCCGGGCGACAGACACACUUCCAGUGACUGUCCCGCAUGUUAUCGCCCGCAGACACAAGCAAAGCGGGCAGCCCCGAUAUGAAGACCCCUGGCUGCUGAGAGAGGGUCUUAAUAAACCAGAGAGCAACGAGCAGAGGCAGAAUGGUCUUAAAAUGGUCGACCAAGCCAUCUGGUCCAAGAAGAUGUCCAACGGAGUGCGGAGGACGCCUGUGUCCGCUGAGCAGGCCAGGUCAUAUAACCGUCAGAUCCGUCCGGCUGUGCUGGACAGCAGCUCCAGGGUGAAGUGGACCAACACAGCGCACCAUCCUUUGCACCUGGUGGGGGAGGAGGCGCUGUAUGUGAACCCAUCAGACUGCUACAACAUCCACUGGCCCGUCGUCCGAGGCCAGCUGAACGUGCACGCGGGUCGCGGAGGCUCGCUGACCGCCGUCCUAGCCGACCUGGAGGCAAUCUGGAGUCACGUCAUUCAGAAGCACCUGGAGAUCCCCCUCAAAGACUUAAAGUAUUACAGGUGCAUCCUGUUAGUCCCUGACAUUUACAACAGACAGCACAUCAAGGAAAUGGUCAACAUGCUGCUGCUCAACAUGGGCUUCUCAGCGAUCAUCGUGCACCAGGAGUCGGUGUGUGCCACAUUCGGCAGUGGGCUGAGCAGUGCUUGUGUCGUGGAUGUAGGAGACCAGAAGACCAGCCUCUGCUGCGUGGAGGACGGAGUGUCCCACCGCAACUCCAGGUUGUGUUUGGCCUACGGCGGCUCAGAUGUGACCCGCAGUUUCUUCUGGCUCCUGCAGAGGGCAGGCUUUCCCUACAGAGAAUGUCAGCUGUCCAGCAGACUGGACUGCCAGCUGCUGCAGCAUCUCAAGGAGACCUUCUGCCAUCUGGAUCAAGACAUUUCAGGACUACAGGAUCAUGAAUUCCGCACACGUUUCCCAGAGGCCCCUGCUCUUCUCUACCAGGUCCGACUGGGGGAUGAAAAGUUACAGGCACCUAUGGGUCUUUUCUACCCAACCACGUUCGGCAUCGUGGGUCAGAAGAUGACAUCACUUCAGUACCGUUCCCAAGGCGACUCCGAGGACCCUCAUGAUGAGCACUACCUGCUGGGCACGCAGAGCAAGCAAGACCAGUCCUCCAAAUCCGCUGCAGACCGGAAGGCCCUGUCCAGACCAGGAGGAGGUUUGGAGGGUGAGAUGAGCGGUCAGGGAGGGAUGGGGGACUCCUCCGACCUACCCAGGGGUGGUGGCAGUGGUGGAGGUCCAGGCAGCCAGCUGGACAUGGAGCUGGGACCCAGUCAGGGCGAGUGCCUGAUGGGGGCAGGAGAGGUGGAUGACCCCCCCUCUGCACUGCUCUCCAGGAAGACGGCCAUCAUGAGCCAGUUUGAGAGCAAGGCGCUGGGCCUGGAUAAAGCCAUCCUGCACAGCAUCGACUGCUGUGCAUCGGAUGAGACCAAACGAAAGAUGUACAGCUCCAUCCUGGUGGUGGGAGGAGGACUGAUGUUCCACGGCGCUCAGGAGUUUCUGCUUCACCGCAUCAUCAACAAGAUGCCACCCUCUUUCAGAAGGCUGGUAGACAACGUGGAAGUCAUCACACGGCCAAAGGACAUGGACCCUCGCCUGAUAGCUUGGAAAGGGGGAGCGGUGCUGGCAUGUCUGGACACCACCCAGGAGAUGUGGAUCCACCAGAGAGAGUGGCAACGCUUCGGUGUCCGCAUGCUCCGUGAGAGAGCGGCCUUCGUCUGGUGAAACCGGACGCCUUUUACUGGAGAUCAGGAGAAAAACGCUGAGAAGAACGAGCAUGUUAUUUCUUCAUGCCUCCAAAGUAUUUUCUGUGGAAGGCAGACAAUCCAGAAAAGGUUCUGGAGUUAUUCCUAAACUUGGAGAAGUGAAAUGAAACCACCAUUUGGAAAGAUAAGUUACCACGCCUCUACAAAAUAACCAUGGACAUAAAUGUGAAACUCCCUUUGCUCUGUUAUUGAGGGCCUUUGCUUAGAUGAUAAAACCCGUUCAAACCUGUUGUUAAAUACUGAUCAGUAACCAUCAGGGAACUUUUUCUCCAAAAUGGUUCACACCACAAUGGAAUGAAAUAGUUAAAAUGGUUUUUGAGAAGUUAAGUGUUAAGCAGGACUGGGCAUCAUAGCACUACACACUGACAGCGUCACCUCAGUACCAUCAAGUUGACAGUUGUAGUUAGACAAUAUUCCUAAACUAUUUUUGUGUAUUGCUUGAGUCAUCAACCCAGAGGAAGUCAGUGAUUUUGUUUUUGUACUUGUUGAACAAUCUUGAGGAAGAGGUUGUUCGCAUAUUAAUAUUCUGUGAAUAUUAUUGUGCUUCUUCCAUAGUCAGACUCAUGUGGAUGUGUAUAACUGUGUAAAUAAAUGCUUGACAUUUCCA